AUUAUUCAACGUGUGUUUUUAUUCAGUGCUUCAACAUCGCCAUUUUUACGAGCAUGAGGAUUUUAACCGACUUAAAAAAUGUUGAUGAGAGGUCAGCGCUAUUAAUGAUGAAGGGCAUGUUUGGGAAUAGCGUUAGAGAUUAGCGUUAGCGUUUUCAAAAGGCUAUCUACAGGCAGCGUUUAGCGUUAGCAAUUUCAAAUUAAUCUGCACCGUUAAAAUUUUAUCCAAAACGCUAAUGCUAAUCUCUAACGCUAUUCCCAAACAGGCCCAAAACUAAGAACGAUAAGAGUUUAUCAUGUUCCUGCCCAUUCUCGACGGCCGGAAUCAUUGGAUAUUAUUUUUCAUGACUCAGAGGUCCGGUCUGUCGCUGCUCAGGGCCGAGGCCAAGCGCCUGACCUGUCUUCGGAAACCUCUGGACGGAAGGCCGGCCUUGGUUGCUCCGAGGAUGACCGACCCUGAUGGGGCCGAGUGCGCGGUACUGCCUAGGCGCUCUUCACUGGUCCUUUGCCUUGGUUCCGCCAAGUGGGCCUUGGCGAAGUUGGGCUGGGCUGUCUUCCUGCUGGGCUGGAUACCCCCAUUCUCGAGUAUCCAUCAUGAGUCCCCUACUUCCUCGGCCGAGCGUAGCGAAGCCGAGGGAACUCUGCCGUUGAUUUCGUUCACUAUCUCCGCUCACUCGCCGUCGCCGUCCAACCUGAAGGUUAGUUCACUCUUCUCCGUUCUCAUGACGUCUUCUGAUUCCAACCCUUCCACCCCCGCUGUUGACCCAGCGGCGGUUUGUUUUGCGGAAAUGUACCGUCAAGAUCCCUCCCUCCGCCCCGACGGCUUGAUGGGAGGAAUCGACCACUCUAGGGUUCUGAGUGCAGUGCCUCUCCGUACGUCCAUCACCGUUGCGUCGUCGUAUCGAGCGCCGCCCUUGAAGAAGAAGAAGAAGAAAUCGAAAGUUGUCCAGGGGAAGAACCCGAAAUCCUUACCCAUUACCGUGCUGGAAACGGGUCCGAUUACAAAUACGGGUUGUCUUCUGUUGGAUGUUGACUUUGACGAGGCUCUCCGCUUCGUGGGAGACGGUUAUGUGGUGCGCCGACCGCACACAACCAACCAUGUCUUCUCGGUGACCUGUCCUGACGCCGAGGUCGGGGUGCACGUGGCGUCCAUGCGCUACGGCCUUCGCUUCCCUCCUCACGAUCUGAUAGUCCAAUUCCUGAACUUCUACCGUCUUCUGCCGGGUCAGCUCAGUCCCCACUCCUACUAUUGUUUUUCGAUCUUCCUGAUUAAGUGUCACCAGAGGGGAGUCCUUUGGUCUCUGGAUUUGUUCCGUUAUAUGUUCAAGAACAUAGCGGAGGUGGGGAUCCUUAUCUCCCUCGAUCGUCAGUUCGAGCUAUCCGAAGCCGUGCUUGGGAGUCAUCCGAAGUAUGGGCUUGAGGAGAGCGCCCCGAGGUCAGAAGAUCUAGAGUCGGAGGACAACGAAGAGGAAGAUGACGGGGAGGCCGAAACCAACGAAGAAUUAGGGCAGCCAUCCUACUCCGAGGGGGUUGCUGGUAUGGAGCCUUCUGGAGGAGAUAUGAAUCCGGUGGAUGUUAUCCGCAAGGCCAAGCUGCUGGCUCGCAACCGAGGCCGAGGAGCAGAGGUUCAACAAGGACCUUCAACCGCGGACGCAACUGGAUCUGUUGCCUCGGCCCCGAAUCGGGAAGUGUCGGCGAAGCUGAGCUUGAUCAGCGAGCGCCGAGCCGGGGCCGAGUUCUCCUCUUCCGUGAACUUCUUGGCCUCGGUGGAAACGGAGCUGUCUCGCCUAAGGAAGCUGGCGGAAACCGAGCAUGAACAGGCUGUCGAGCUCGAAAUGCAGGCCGUGGCGAAGUCCGAGGAGCUGGACGUUGAACUGGCCGAGGCUGUCUCCUCGCGGCAAUCUUUAGAGGCUGAACGAGAUCGGUCCCUGGCUGAGAGGGAUCAAGCUGUUGCUGAGAAAGAGCGCGCCAUCUUCGACUUCAUCCAGUCCCCGUCCUUCAAAGAAGCCUGCAUGGAGAAAAUGGCUGCUUAUUACGAAGACUGGCUCGGGACCGAGGCCGGUACUGAAAAGAUGGGGGUGGAAGAGACGAAGUGGUUCGAGAGCGGCGUCUAUCACGGGAUUCAGCUCGUCCUUUGCCGGACCCGAAGAGUAGAUCCGUCCUUCCCUCCGCCCGGGGUCGACAUUCCAGAGAUGCAUGAUACCAACUUGAACGCCGAGCUCGGGGAGAACCCAGACUACCUUGGGACGCCCGAGCGCGAGGACACGGUCCAUCUCUUCAUCCCUUGUGUUAAUCUUUCCAUGGCUUCCAAUAAUUCAAGGGAGAUCGGUCCUCUGCCUUCCCAGCAGAAGACCAUCCGCCGCCGUCCUCCUCCUCCGCCGGAGGAUGCCGAAUCUCGUACAAGCUCUAGGUGGUAUCGUGCAAAGAAGCUGGAAAAGCGGAUUAAAUGUCUCCGAAGACUCGUGAAUUAUCUUCACGGAGUUCCCCAACAGGCAGCGUCUCUGGUUGAGCCUGCUCAGCCGGCUGCUGAUGCCAUCCCCGUGGGUGACAAUCACCCGGAAGAGUCUGUCGGCUCUUCCUAAGUUUCCCUAUUAUGGCCCUCCCCUGUGUAUCUUCCCAUGGAGGUUUGCAGAAUUGGGGGGCCAUCCACGUCCGUCGGCGCCCGGGCUUUGUUGGUCUUGAAGUCUAUUGCGCCUUAGGACGGGGUGCCUCUACCUCCCAAUGGAUUUUAAAACCAGGGAAAAAGGAGGUCCAUUGGGAUGUAGAGCGUUUUGUGUUCUUUCCCUUUCUCAGUUCCGUCGUGUAAUAAAUGUCGCCGGUGUUGCAACCGUAUCGUGUAGGGCUUGUAAUAAAUGUUGUAGCUUUUG